AUGCUACUUGUGAGUUUUUCUUUCACAUUCUCCUUGCUUUUAUCUUCAUUUUUUAUUCUUGUUUCUAUUUUCCUUAUUUUUUCGUCACUCUUCUCUCUCUCUCUCUCUCUCUCUCUCUCUCUCUCUCUUACACGUACAAUCUCUUUCUAUCUCUCUUUAUUAUUUUAUUGUUUUCUAUACUUUAUGUUUUAUUCUACACUACUGUCACCUCUCUUUCUUUCUUUCUUUCUUUCUUUCUUUCUUUCUUUCUUUCUUUCUUUCUUUCUUUCUUUCUUUCUUUCACUCUCACUUGGUCUCUCCCACUACCGACUAUUUUCUUUUUAUCACCUUCUCUUACUCACUCUCUCUCUCUGUCUCUCUCUCUCUCUCUCUGUCUCUCUUUCUCUCUCUCUUACACAUCGUCUCCAAUCAGAUAUGCCAUUUUGGCAAGUUAAACAAAUACAAGCUUUCUUUCUCCCUCUUUCUCUUACUCUCUCCCACUCGCUUUUUUUUUCUCUCUCUCCCCCCACUCCUUUUUUCUCUCUCUCUCCCUCCUUUUUUCUCUCUCUCUCUCCCACUCGCUUUUUUCUCUCUCUCUCUCCCACUCGCUUUUUUUUCUCUCUCUCUCUCUCUCCCAUUUUCAACAAUUUUUCUUUCGUAUCACUUGACCUCUUUCUUGUCACUUCAACGACGACUUGCAUUAUUUUGCGAUUGCAUUUUAUGUUGAUUUUUUAUAUAUCCCUCUCUAUCUCUCUUUCUCUCUAUCUCUCUUUCUCUCUAUCUCUCUUUCUCUCUGUCUUUAAUUUCAAUUCAUUUCUAAAGUUAAGCUUUAGUCAUGGGACAGAUGAUGAUGAUGAUGAUGAUGAGGAUGAUGGCGAUGAUGAUGAUGAUGAGGAUGAUGGCGAUGAUGAUGAUGAUGAUGAUGAUGAUGAUGAUGAUGAUGAUGAUGAUGAGGAUGAUGGUGAUGAGGAGGAUGAUGAUGAUGAUGAUGAUGAUGAGGAUGACUGUCAAUUUCUAGAUCUCACAUUCCCCUCUCGGCUACCCUUAGUGAUUCGGAUCAUAACUUUCUCGGCGACUGCGACGAAUGACUGGACUCUUCUUUUCGGCUCUCUCUCUCUCUCUCUCUCUCUCUCUCUCUCUCUCUCUCUCCCCCUCUCUCUCUCUCUCUCUCUCUCUCUGAUGUGA